GUUUUCAAACAUCAAAAUACCAACCAGACAAAGUCUCACAUCAACUGCUAUUGUAACUGCAGCUUCCAACCUUGUCAAUCAUCAAACAUAUCGAACAAAACGAGGUUCUAUUCUAGUACUUCUCUCUUUGAUUCACCUCUCUAUGCAACACUAGCUCAAUUCUUAGCUCAUUGGAGCCUAUUUGUGCUCACCCUAUUAGUUAUUUCACUACAUUUUUGCCCAAUCAAGGGUUUGCAGAGAGAAGCUGAGGUGAUGGUGAUGAAGGAGAGAGAUGAGGAACUCAGUCUGUUCCUUGAGAUGAGGAGGAGGGAGAAAGAAAAUGAGAAAAAUAACCUUCUUCUUCAAAACUCUGAGGAACUUGAUUUGUCCAAUUUGGAAUCCAAUCGUGGAAGCUCUAUGAUUUCCAAAACCAUGAUUUUAGUGCCACCAAGGAAGACUGGGGUUGAAGUGUUUUUGAAUUCAGAGAAUGGCAAGUCUGAAUAUGAAUGGCUUCUUACGCCACCGGAUUCCCCUCGUUUUCCAACUUUAGAGAAGCAGUCACAGAUAUCAGCAAAGAACGAUAUGGAAACUCGCAAUGCCCGUCCAACAGCUUUAAAACCUAGGGUCGCUAAUAUCCAAGCAGAACCAGCUGCAAGAAGCAAUGCAGUUUCAAAGAAUCAUGCAGCAGUAACAGGACUCAGUUCUUGCACUAAUGGUGGUAGGAGACCUUCAUCAUCGAGAUCUUCAACCCCAUCUGGAAGACCAACAUUACCUUCAACAACCAGAUCCUCUAGGCCCUCUACACCUACCUCCCGGGCCACCUUACCUUCUGCGAAAUCAAUAGCUCCACCAGUGAGAUCAUCCACUCCUACUAGAUCCACAUCUCGGGCCUCAACACCUACUUCAAGGACAUCUCAAAGAUCAGCAACUCCAACCCUCCGAUCAUCAACCCCAACAAGAACAUUUAGAGUAUCUGCUCCUCCUACGCGACCUUCAUCCGCAUCAAAGGCACGCCCCAUUGUUGCUAAGAAUCCGGCGCAAUCACGCGGCAUCUCUCCAUCAGUAAAAUCUAGACCCUGGGAACCAUCACAAAUGCCUGGUUAUUCUCUUGAAGCUCCUCCAAAUUUGAAGACAUCAUUGCCAGAAAGACCAGCUUCAGCCACUAGGAGUAGGCCUGGAGCACAAAACACUAGAUCAUCUUCUGUUGAGGCGAGUAGCAGUGGAAAAUCUAGAAGGCAGUCCAGCACGCCUUCGAAAGGACGGGCUUCGACUGGGUUUGCCCUUCUUAAUUAUAGCUCCAUGCAAGCUUUGAGUAGAGCUCGUUUCACUGAUGGUGAUCAUGACAGCCCUGGUGAAGUUGGGACUAAAAUGGUUGAAAGAGUAGUAAACAUGAGAAAACUAGCACCCCCAAAACGUGAAGACCAUCAUUCUUCCCAUAACAACUCCAAUGGGAAAUCUUCAUCAUCUGGUAGCUCUGGAUUCGGAUGUACACUUUCAAAGACAUCUUUAGAUAUGGCUAAGAGGCAUAUGGACAUAAGGCGAAGCAUCCAGGGUAAUUUGCGCCCAGUCGUGACAAACAUUCCAGCUUCCUCUACGUACAAUGUGAGAUCAGCUAGUGCCUCAAAGAGCAGGACUAUCAGUGUUUCUGAUUCCCCACUUGCCACAAGCAGCACUGCUAGCUCUGAACCCAGCGUGAAUAAUAAUUCCCCAUCUUAUGAUGGAAGUGAGAUUGGAGAAAAUGAUUUUGGAAGUGAGAGGGGAAACUCUUCCCCUAUGAGUCACCAUAGCUAGUGGAUGAUAAAUUGAAUAUCAGCCCUGAUAUGUUGGUCUAGGCAUGAUCAUUCAUCACUGAUCUGGUCACUUUAACUGUAUGUGGUGGAACAAUAGCACAUAUAUUCAUGUGAUACAGUGUUCCAUGUAAAUGUGCUAAUGGUAAAGGUUGUAGCAUAGCAGUACAUUGUCUUCCUAUGUUCUGUUACAAUGAGAGACUAAAUUGGUACAUUUUAUGAGGGCUUAAAUAAGUUUUUGGUCCCUAACCUUUACCAAAUGCUUGGUUUUCGUCCCUCGCCGGAGCAAAGAUGGGUUUUAGUCCCUAACCUUUGUCAAAAGGUUUGGUUUUAGUCCCUCCGGAGCUCUGGGUCAACGCCGGAGCUCCGGUGGCCCAUGUGGCCUUGCCACGUGGGAUUAAUGAGGCCAGGUGGAUUUUUUUUUCAUUUUUCAUAUAAAUUAUAAAAUAGAUAUUAACUAUAUCUUAAAUUAUAAAACAGAUAUUAACUAAUCAUCCAAGGGUUUUUUUAUUCGUUAUCUUAAUAUUCUAAAGCUUCAUCACCGUUCAGUAUGAAACCACCAACAUCUUCUUCUCCCCAUGAAACUCUGAAACCACCAACCAAAUUUUCUGAAGCUUCGUUUUCACUCAAUCAUUUCAAUACCCUUGGAUGAUUAAUCCCUCUACAAUUAAGCCACCACCCAUAAACCAACCCUCAUCCCAACAAACCCAAAAUUCCCCACCCAAAUCCUUUGAAGUAACUCACCACAACAUAAGAAAAAGAGAAGAUAAUAGAGUGGAAAACUGCAGAUCGAAGGAGAAAUAGGGGAUUGCGAUGGUGGCGAACUGUAGAUUGAAGGGUGGCCUCAACCUCAACCUCCACCGCAGCAACCAAGCCCCAGAUUUGUUCCUUCGCCGCACAAUUUUGAGGGAGUUGAAAUCCAUGGUGAGACCACAUGGUGGUGAUGGUGCGACAAUGUGGUAGGGCUCCUUAGGCUCGCAGAUCUGCUGAGGUGAUGAGAAAAGGAGACAAAUCGAGGCAUGGGGUUUGGGGAAGAGACAAAUCACAGAUCUACCUUUCUUACCCAUUUCUCCCUAAUCUGGUUUUUGGGGAUGACAGAUUUACACCAAGGUUAUGCUUGCUUAGAUUCUGGGUUUGAUUCAGUGUUUCUUCUUCAUUUCUUCUUCAAUCUGGGUAGACAUUCCUUGUUCGAAUUUCUGGGUAGGCAAACACAACAAAAAUUUGGAGAUUUUCUGGGUAAAUUCAAACAAGCUUCUUGUUGCUUGUUCA